UUACUCGCAGUCUUCUGUGUACGUUCGUUGAUUGCGGUCGUUCUAGAAAAGGUACUCGCCAACCUACGUCCCAGGAUCUCGGUUUUUCAGCGGGUUCGUCUUCUGUAGGCUAACAUUCUAGCCUAGUACGGGUAGAGAAGAGCUGUUUUAUUGUCAGUUUGUCGGUACCUAGUUCAGUAUAAGUGGCUGUUUUUCUUUUUAUCUUGUUGUUUGUUCGUCAGACUUUUCGGACGUGUUCUUUAGCACGGAGGAAGCUCAGUUCGGACCAUCGCUGCGGAGUGUUCCCCACAGGACCAAAAGACGAAAGAAGAAGGAAAAUAAUAGUAGAGUGAAUCAAUUUUCUGUGGAAAUUGAGUGAAUUGUAGUGUGUCGUGUGCCUGUGGGCUUCUCGGAACUUGCUUCACAACAGUUGAUCGAACAGGACAGGACGGUAGAACUGAAGAUGGAAAAACUCCUCGGUUCGCGAGCUUUCCUGAUCUGCGAGUAGAAAUUAUUGGACAACCGUUUGUUUGGAUACUGAUAUAAUCAAAUAUUGUUGGAAGCUGACAGUGAAAUUAUCAAAUAAACUACCAGCCUCUCGCCUGGAUUGUAUUGAGCAUUGUGUUCUGACCUAAAUCUUCCGGCUUCAACCUCGGGAGAAACGUGGGGAGUCCUCUUUCGCCAACGGAGUUUGCUAACGGUGUUGAUGUAAAUAAAUUUUGAUUACAUACGGCUCCCCCUUCGGUUGUGUAGUUGACUCAUUCACCGACCAACAUCCUCGGAAGCGCGUCAACGGGGAAGAUAGUGAAUAUGAAAAGUGAGGGCUUUUCCCGUUGAUUUUUUUUCAUCCCAUGGAUACGGUCGAACGGCAAAGGUGCUGUUUAUUGUGCUGCUGUUUUCGUAAUCUCGUAAAGUUGUGAUAACAAGAAAAUUAGAUUUGUCUGUUGAUUUUGCUGCUACCAGGUUAAAAGCACGUUCAAUCAGUGUGGAAGAAAAUUGUGAAAUUACGACGGAAUGACAGAUUAAAGUUUGAUCGUUUAACUUGCAGCAGGAUUUUCAGUGAAAAAACGUCUAUUAGAGAGGAGCAAAAUCCGAAAAUAAAUCUUGGUUGUCGUCGUCGUCGUCUUCAUCACCACGUACAUCCUGCUUCCAUUGGUGUCUACAGGCUUCUUUUUCCUUCCCAUAUGACUGGAAUGGUAGCGACACAAUAUAAAAUUAUACACACCCUCAAGAAAAUAACCGUAUAAACUCCAGCAAAGUGUUGCUCAAAGUUAACGAGCGGAACUCGAGAACGACACCCCACCCUAACGGCAGGAACAGCUGGAAAGCCAAAGCGGGCCCAAGUGCUUUACAAUUAAAGCUGAACCAUGUUUCUCGGAGGGUUAGCCGGGAUUUGGAUUGCUUUGUUUUGAAGAAGAAAAAAAAGAAUUAAACGAAAAGGAACCGAAGCUUUCGCUUGUCGGGCCGGCAGAGACUUUGUCGAGUGGAGUGGUUCUGGAAGGUGUUCCGCGUCGAAAAGGCUCUUGACGCGAAGAUCCAGAACCAGUUGAAUUGCUGAAGGGAAAUUACUGCACCCGGGUCCCAUUCUCAUUGUUUGGUGGCACAUUCCACUGCAGAUUGGGAGUGGAAGGCGAGAGAUUCUUUCAUAUUUUCAACGGCUACAAAAGUGGCAGGAUCAGGCAGGGUAGUAGAGGAGAGCAAAAACAUACAAACGAGUUUUUGAACAUUUUUCUUUCCCGUUAUCCUUCGGAGUUCUACUGAGAUUUGCUUUCAGUGCAUUGUGUGGAAAGUUUGCUGAAGGAUUCAUCGCAAGUGAAUCACGACUCCGGGAGCGACGUGUCGCUGUUGUAGAAUUCUCACAACGCUAACCCAGACGACAGGAGCAAGAAGUAACAUGUGGUUGUACGCUCUUCUCAGCCUAGUCUUCAGCAGGGUACUAGACAUUACAGCCUUUUCUAUCAACACAGAUAAUCAGCAGUUCGACUCCCACAUAGAUUUAGUUUAUGGUAGCUGUACGGUAGGAAAUAGGACAUACUUUCACGGUGAAACAUUCAAAUUGGAUUGCCGAACACAAUGCGUCUGUCAGAACGGUAGACACGCAUGUUCGACCCUGUGUCCACACGAGAACCUACCACCGCCCAACGAUACGGCUAUCUGUGUGGGACCGCGGUUAGUGGAGCUUCCGGACCAUUGCUGCCGGGUGUGGCUUUGCGAGCAACCCACCACCGAUGUGAAUGCAACCUGUUAUAAUUCAUCCACAACUCUGUGGUCACCGUGCUCUCAAAGCUGCGGAAUUGGAGUAUCCACCAGGAACAUCACCACUACGCCCGGCUGUCAGAGGCUAAGCACCGUACGGCUCUGUGAAAACCACAAAUGCAACCGACAGGACAAUAACUACUACAGCCUCGGUAACAACUACGGCGAGGUAGCACCGGCCGGUGAGCACGUGGAUGGCAUCUUUGGAAUAGGUGCUGCUGGUGGUUCGAAAGGACAACAGCACUAUCCCGUGGCCAACAGUUUGCUGCUACUGGGAGAACCAGAACAUCGUAGAAGGAAAGGCCACGAAUGCCGGAGUGUCCAACGAACAUCCUCUUCUCGUUUGCGAUUGGGACCGUGUGUAUCGCGGAAGCUGUACAGGCCGAAAACUUGCGGCCACUGCCAGGACCCCAAAAUGUGCUGUGUGCCUUCAAUUACCACGACAAUCAAAGUUGAACUUCUCUGUCCGUUGAGCUCUGGCGAUCCAUUCGAAUUCAUCGAACAUGGAUAUGAUCUGUGGGAUAGCGCUUCGAUCGAUCCACUGGACCAGGAGAUGCUACAGUCGCACCAAAUUCAAAUCGAGAACAAAUUUGUCGAUGUUCAGUGGGUACUGAAAUGUGAGUGUGGACCAAAAAGCAAAAACUGUCAACCUCGGAAGACAACGGAUCCAUCAGGCAGCAAGAGCAGAAACGACGCCAACGGCAAUGCAGCUGCCGGUGCUGCAGGCGUCUCCAGCAGAUCAUCACCGGUAGAUUCGGAAAACACCGCAUUCCUCAGCCAGCACCAUCAGCACCGACGUCGCCAGCGGAAGAGCCAACAUCGCCACGAUGGUGGUAGCGAACUUUUGAAGCGGGUUCAUCGGACAUAAUAAACUGAUUCCGUUCGUUAGGGUAUAUUCUGUCCCACCUGUCUCUGGUCUCUGGCGCAGUCCGGGUCCGUUCGGUCGGGGGUCGCACGGCCAAUCGAGCUGAAUACCGGCAAACGCCGCUUGUGGAUGAAUGAAUUAGGAAAUGCUUGUGAUGUAUCCGGAGGCUGAGUGAGAUUCCGUUUCUCGGAUUGGAACACCAUUCCGGCGGCUAUCGCCGGCGGACGGCGCACAGAACUGGACAGGAUAUUGGGACUACGAUGUUGAAUACAACAAUCGAGCCAAUCGAACCGUUGUUUGGACAGAAUAUACAAUUUUGAUUUGAUUUCGAAAUGCAAAGUCGAUGGCGGAGAGGCGAAACGAAAAACACAUCACUGAAGUGACUUAUAUACAUACAUAUUUGAAUCGUGUCCGUGAUACGAGAGCUGAACCGAGGGUACCGAGUGUGUGAAGGCCGGGAAAAAUUAUAUUUCCGGUCAAUUGAGAUCGGGAUUCACAAUUCGAUAGCGUGUGAUUGUAUAUAUACAUAUAAUAGGCUUCUUUUUGUAUGAACUGAGUGCACUUCUACUCGAAGCAGGAUUCAAUAAAAAAUAAAACGAUAAGUGAUGGAGUGUUUCAGUAGGAAAAUAUUUACAGAUUCGAAGUGAGCAAAUGAAAAACGAUUUUUAAACACCACACAAACAAAAUAAACCGAAUCAAUUGCUAGGUCAGAACUGUAGUUCUAUUUUAUGCUUGAAUGAAAACAACAACAACAAAAAAACAGGUUCCGCUGAAAUAUUCACCAUGACAGGGACAGGGCUCCCAUGAACCACGAAAAGAAACACCAGAGCGUGACUAAGUUGGGAAAAUGUGGUUUUCCCAGCCAGCAAUUAAACCGGUCGCGGCAUAGGAACAUGAACACAAACACACCAACACACAUUGCGACCAAUGCGAGUGACAUUUAGCUCGGGCACAACACUACACUAGGACCCAUCUGUAUCGUUUUCCAGGACCUCACAAAACUCUGUACAACCAACGUCACGUAGCAUUCAUCCAGCUACCGGUGUGGCAUUCGUCGUAAACUCAUCAUAAAUAGCACAUUCUCAUUCAUGGAACGGUUUCAAACUUGUCAUACCAUAUCUGAACCAUCAGGCACUGAGCGACGGUUCUUUCUCUUUCACUGUUUGAGGUACCUUCUAGUAUUUGUUUUUGUGAUUUCCUUAAGCUCAAUUUAACUUUGUAAUAAACGUACUACCUAAUCUGGGGGCUAGUGAGUGAGCAAUUUAUCAAUCUUCGGUGAAUGAUGCACGUAAACACGUUCGUGGGCGGGUUGAUAAGAUGAGUGCACCAACAGUAGUAGAGGUGUGUUACUGAUUUGAUACGUUAUCUAUGUUCACCUUAUGUUGUUUGAAUCGAUAAACAGCCAAAUGUUUGUUAUCUUUAUUGUCCAAAUUUGCGCUUCAGCUCUAAUGAGUGUAGAAAGAGAAAGAAAUAUGCAUCUCAUUUUUUUGGUCCACUGAAAGUCAUUUAAUAAUUCCUUUCAUGAAUGUUUUGAAUAUGCAGCGGAGUAGUCCUAAAAUAUUGCUUAUUUGUGAAAAGUGGUUCGUGCUAGAAAAUGAUACCAGUAGUUUGUUCGUGCUUAGGCAAUGAUCCGGUGCCAAGUAAUUUGGUACCUGAAAGUUACAAAAACUCUCAGUUCAAUUGAGAUGAAAGAAUCCAUUCACGUCCGUCGUUUUAUCUAGCGCUUUGAAAUUAAAAAAAAUCGAGCCUUGAUUGCAAUGCCAAACUAUCGCAAAUUGAUACCAAUUACUGGUACUGGAAGUCAUAUUUUUUUCUUAAAUUUUAUAUUUGUAUGUCUUUAUGUAUUGUUCAUGAUGGUGCUGAUGAAGUUGUUCGCCCUUAAGGUUAACUUGGAAGAAUAAAGGAUAAUGAAAUUGUAGUCUUUUAAAAAAGACUGAUUUUUGAGAAUUGUUAUAAAUACACAAGAACCCGAGUUGGCGGUUCAAUGCAUCGGACGCUGGUAUUACAAGUUCAAGUUGUCGUAUACUCGAGCCUCGACCAGGAAUGAUUCUUAGUGUCAGUAGAAUUGCAGCAGCAUUAAAACAAAAGAAAUGCAAUACCAAGACUUUGCUCUUGUUCGCAAACUUUUCAAGGAAAAAAGUGUAGUGUCCCGAAAAACAGAGGAUGAUUUAAUGAAAAUUUUGAUUUUCUGUAGCUUUCGGAUGUUUUUUGAGUUCAUUCAAAUAAGAAUCUUAUUUUCUUGAAAGGAUUUUUAUUUUCAAACUUAAUAUAAUGUGGGUGAGUCGUAUUUAUAACAGAUUUCUUAUUAAUUCAUAUUGCCUAUAUUUUUUCUACCAUCGCACAGUGGGAAAAAAACCAAGGAUAUCCACAAAGAAAUCGGGAACCAUGGAAAAAAGCAACAAACAAAAGUGUUUCUUAUGUAAAAAAAAUCCAAAAAAUUCUAUGGAAUGGUUUUUUAUGGCCGCACGAAUCGUCAUCCUGCUCGAUUUACCCCAAAUGUACAGCAGUUUCUGGGUUUCCUAUAACAUUCGCUCUGUAACUUGAAAAGAAGUCGAGUGCGGUAUUUCCUUGGACAUUUUUACAUAAGAUAAACUAGAUUUAGCAAACUUGCAAGGAGUUUUACCAAGAUUGAAGGACGAUUUACAGUAAGGAUCUCAUGAAAUGGAAGAAUUGGAGUAAAAUAGCCACCAAAACGUUUCGUGCAGCCGGUGUGGGUUCUUCUAAUUGAUUCUCUCGACUUAUUUUACAUGAAAGUUGGUUAUUCCAAAACACCGCAUUCGACUUCUUUUCAAGUUAUAGAGCAAAUGUUAUAGGAAACCCCAAAACUGCUGUACAUUUCGGGUAAAUUGAGCAGGAUCGUGCGGCCAUUGUAAACCAUUCCAUUAAAUUCCUUAGACAUUUUUACAUUAUAAACGCUCUAGUUUGUUGAUCUAGCUCAUUCAGUUCAUGAAUUCUUUGCGGGUUUUCAUAGAUUUUUUCCCACUGUGCAUCGUCAUAGCCUUUUUUAAACAUUUCAUUAAACCCUAUCUUUAACCUUUUGGUGGAUUUAGCUUAAUUUCUGACGUAAGGAGUAUAUCGAAAAUAAGCAAACAAAUUUUUCUUUCAAACUAUGAUAAAAACGAUAUUUUAUUCAAACUAAUAAUUGAUCCUUUAUUGUACGAGAUUAAACUUGAGCAUAAUGAAAACCGGAUGAAAUUUAGGUUAUUCCUUCGUGAAUUUUUCGAUCUUUUGAUCGAGCGCUCUUCAUCAAGUUCCGGACAAGUGUUGCAUCACAUUUUUUAUACGCUUGAGCCCAAUUUUUUUUUAACUCCUGCAUGUUCCCAGCUGCCUAACCAGUCUUCUUAAAGACCCUCUUCACGAUUGUCCAGUAACGUUCGAUGGGUCGAAGCUGAGGCUAAUUUGGUGGGUUGAUAUAUUUCUCAACGAAAUGUAUACCCUUUUCCUCAAGCCAAUUGAGAGUGGUUUUGGUAUAUUGAGACGACGCUAACACCAGCCUAAACAGUGGAGGUGUACUAUGCUUCUUAUAUAAAGGCAGCAAUCUCUUCUGGAAACACUCAGAUCGGUAGAUUUCUGCAUUUAUAGUUCCGGUAGUGUAAAAAAUGGUUGACUUAAAACCACAGGAAUAUAUUGCUUUCCAUACCAGUACCUUUCGACCGAGUUUCUCCACUUGAAUCGACCUGUCCGCAUCGCUCUUAUCCUUCCCAAAGACGACAGUAAAGUAUUGUGGACCUGAAAGGGUUUUUGAGUCCUCCUUUACAUAAGUCUCAUCGUCCAUCAAAACGCAUGCAUCCGGACACUGCAAAAGACGCAAAUAAAAUUUCCGGGCCCUUGUUGCUGCUCGCUUCUGUUGUUCUACACUUUGUUUCGAGAUUUUCUGCUUCUUGUAGAUCUUCAGGUGAUUUCGCCUCUUGAUACGCCAGCCCAUACACACACAGAUAUUUUGCGUACCCGAUAAACUGAGUCGAAUGGUAUCUAUCACUCGGCUUUCCAUGCCUCGGUUCAAAUGCUUUCCAUGUGAGAAAGGCAAACAAUUGUGUUAGUCAAAAAUUCCGUAAAUUUUAAUGCGUCAGCUGUUAGAAGUAAACGGACGUUUAUAUGAGCUUUUUUUCAAGUGUAUUUUUAUGCGGAUUUUGAAUACAAUGCGAUUUUUAAGCAAAUAUUUGUUUUUUUCAAUUGGUUUGUAUCAACUGCAUAAACAAUUCAUCAGUACCAAAGUACUUUUUAAUCCCUUUUUCUAUUUUGUUUUCAAAAUCAAGCCAGUUUUUCAAAACUAUUUUUGGUCUCUCUCAGAAAUGAUUGAACCAAUUCUUACAACCAUAGAUUCAAUUCAAUUACGAUGCCCUAGAAUGCAAUUGGUUUUAAUCCGGGCAUGACUUCCGAUUCCGGAAUUAGAGGGUGAUUGAAAGAAAUAAUUUCUAGAGUCUGUUUCUAAAUUUAAGUAGUGUUUAAAAUUUCGAUUUUUUGUUCGAAGCGACGAUACAUAAAACGUAAAUAAUCUGGGCUCCGAGCUUUUACAGUUUGUUGGUCUUGUAAGUUGUAGGUCUUAGAUAUUAAACAAAAACUUCAGCGUCUAUCAAAAUGCAUGAACUACGCGUUGGAUUUAUUGUAACAGUAUGAAAUUGGUCACACUCGUAUAUGUCCGUUCAGAAGCUGAAGAGGCAUUCAUAUUUUUCCGUUCAGAAGCUGAAGCAAUUCAUAUUUUUUCUAAGUGUGUAGUAAAAUGACAUGUGGAUUUCUUAGCUACGUGUAUAAAACACACUGUUUUGUGUUACUUUGGGUGGAUGAGGAAAAACGAAUAAACUUAGACAGUUGUGAUGGUUAGCACAUUCAACGGUGCAUUCAUGGCAGCACUUGUGGUACAGGCAAUAACUCGUCUGUGAGCGUCCAUAACAAAGCACUUGCACACACCCUUUGCCAGUUUUAACGGAAUUAUUAUUUUUCAAAUUGCGCAAUACGUGUCCAGUUCGAGAUAUUUCCAGGGAAAAAAUAAAUCCAAUGAAGUUCUUUAUUUGGCAAAAAUGGUUUUGGCUAUGUUCAGCUUUUUAAUGUAAUGAUGAGUUUUUCACGUCCGAAGAAUUUGUCUUUACCAGCUUAGUUGAUCAUUUUUACCACGAAAAUAGCUAGCUGAACUUUUCUGUAUCGUUCCAAUGAGUUGAUUUCGAUCAGUCGACAGCUAUCGGGAUACAGGUCGGGAAGCUCGAACGGGUUCGUACACACUUCGAAAAAACCCUGUAAUUUUUCAUCUCAUUAGAUGCACAUAAAUGGAGCAUCGCAGUUCACGCAGAUUUACGUCGAAGAACAUUUAAUAUUGUGUCCAAAAUUCCAUAACAUGACAUUCAUUUAAACAAAAUGGCGAUAACUUUCACUUGCCUCCAGUCAGGUGGAACAAUAUUAUGCUCAAGAAACUUGUUGAACAAUUCCAACAAACGUCUUUUUGAAAGGUCGGGCAGAUUCUUCACCAAGUUGAAUUUAAUUCUGUCCAACCCACGAGCGUUAUUGUUACAAGACAUGAGUGCUAUGGAAAAUUCCAUCAUUGAAAAGGGGCUAUCAAUGGAACCAUUAUUUAGAGAAGACCUCCUAAUAAUGCUAUGCGUAGGAACAGAAGCUGGACAAACUUUCCUCGCAAAAUCAUAGAUAUUCUAGUAUUCCUCAGUCUCAUUUUCUACGUAACGAUUCCUCAUUCGUCUGGCCGUAUUCCAAAGAGCGCUCAUAGAGGAUUCUCUUGACAAACCUUCGACGAAAUAGCUACAUUUUUUGGCCCGAAGUAUGUUCUUGUACUUGGUUUCUAAAGCCAUGAAUUUUUCAAAAUUCUGAUGAGUUCCUCCUCCCGUUUUAAAAACGUCUUGCAAGCAUUUUGUUUUGCGAGUUCAGCCUCUGAGCACUCUUUGUCCCACCAGGGGUUGGGAGGCCUUCUAUUAGUCGUUGGCUCAGGAAAACGUUUAGUUUGGGAUUGUUCUGCGGCCUCCAGAAUCGAACAAACGAGGAAGUCAUAUUCUUCAAUUGGAGGGAGCUCUUCCAUUGAAUUUUAAAUACUAGAGAUACUACUUUAGUAUUUAAUCCAAUCAAUAUUUUAUGUCCAAUAAUAUGGAAUAUUAACUGAAUUAGAAAUGCCUUUGUUACUUCUAAUUGAGAUUAUGAUUGGUAAAUAAGCGCUACCGUGUAAAUCAGGCUAUUUUUUAGGUGCAAUCUAGUCGCAUUGAAGUCGAGCAAAGAGAUAAAUCUAGAGCACUUGGACGUGCAGGAGGUCUUGGAGUCCAAUGAUAUUGUUCAGUUUAUUUGUAUUUUGAAGUAUAGCAGAAAAUCCUACGAAAAGAUGGUAGUGUCAGUGAUGGAAGUUUACUGUAGACGUAUUUCACGUCACGCGUUUCAUAUUUCCAUCAAUCUGUUCUGUAGUUUUUGUUCGGUGAUACUUUUACUAUCGUUCUAUCUGUCACGAAGAUAGAUUAUGUUAUUGUUUUGAGAUGAAUUUCAAAUAAAAUAAUUCAAAUAUUUCAAUAUUUUGAAUAUUGCUAUCGCCGUAACGGAACCAAGAAUAUAUUGUUAGUUAAAAAUAGUUACAGAUAAAAUAUAAUUCGCUACUUUUACUUACCUUUUUGUUGUAGUCUCACGAGAUGAGCUCACACUGACGCACACAACUCCAGAGAACUUCUAUACCCUUAAGCUCGAAAAAGAGACAACUCUCCUAAAGGGGCGUCUCACUCUAGGGUAACGAAGGUUUUUUGGCCACUCAAAUAUAUUCGGUUAUAAUCAAAAUCAAGUACGUAUUCAUGCCUAAUAUGUUGAAGAAUUGAAUAAUCUUCCAAAUUCUUAGACAAGAUGUAUUUCAUUUUGAUUACAUCCAGAAAUAUGUACGCUAGACCAAAACAUAUUAGAGUGGUCAACCUACCUUCGUUACCCUACUUUAUCAUAGAACGGGAUUUUUUGCUGUCAUAAAAAGUGAAGAUUGAAAUCAGUAUCAUACGUAAUUUUUCUUUGAAGUUAACAUAAAUUGAUGAAUUUUUUCACAUAUCAACAUCAAUUUUGUUUUUCCAAUCAAUUUCCCUUGCAACUUUAACAUUAAAAUAAAUAAAACGCUUUGUUCUGUCAACCAACUGUAUUUUCUGUCAGGACUGAUUGAAUUUUGCAUGUUUCGCUCAUUUACCACUUUCAUAUGGCUAGCUAUUUGUAAUCUAAUGAUUCUUGAUUCAAACCCCAGUUGUUAACAGGUUUUUAUUUUCCAUUUCGUCGAUUUUUCAGAGUAAUUUUUCAAAUUGUGCUAAAUUUUGUUAUUUAUUUACUUUAUUCAUAACUAACUCCAUCCGACUAAUGGAUUGCGAACAACAAGAUACAGCUUUAGCUUCCAAAUUUAGAGCCACAUCGUUGAAGAACAAUACGAAUUGCAAGGGUCCUAUAUUACUAUCUUGUGGGACGCCAUGCAUUUUGGUACAACUGAUUUUAUGGAAUUUUACUGCUUUCUUUCUGUCUGUGCAGAUAUGUACUUCGGUGACUCAGCUGAUAAACGAACAUAGAUUACAAUGUAAUGAUUAUCAGUUCAAUUCGCGCAGUUGUGAUCGAUUCUUGUUUUUUAUUUCAUUGAAUUUCAAGCCAUGUAAUUUUCAAUUCACACAAUUUUAUACGAUCUUGAAUAUAAAAUUAUAUAAAAUGCGACGCUUUUAAAGCUUGCUUCAGAUAGAAUUGGAACAAAGACAUUUGCCUGUAUUUCAGUUAUUUAUUAUUGAAUUCAAGAUCUUUUAAUACGAAUGUGGCGUUUUCUUCAUACUUUUAAGAAAAAAUACGGAUAAAAUUACUCGUCACGGUUUCGAAGGAAUUCUCGAAUUUUUCCUGUAACACGGCUCAUUAGGCGAUGCACACCUUCUUCGUCCAUCGUUUUAGCUAUCGCAUUCCACCAGGUCGUCAUUGAUUGAUGUCUUUGACAACCUUUCCCCUUAUCUUGAGUCUCCUCUUCAUGAUUGCCCAGUAUUUCUCAAUAGGGCGGAACUGGGGGCAGUUGGGUGGGUUAAGGUUUUUCGGAACAAACUGGACCCUUUUCUCUGCAUAUUAUUCUUGAACGACUUUGCUGUAAUAACAGCUUGCCAAAUCUGGCCAAAACAUUACGAGAUGGUCGUGGGAUCGAAUGAACGGCAAAAUUCGUUUUUGGAGAACACUCUUUUCGGCGCAGUUCCGAUGUCAUUGUCUUAUUUGUAACGAAACUUUCGUUUUUUUGCCACAGCUGCAAAUGUCCUGCCAAAUCAUAAAUUUUUUUGCAAGUUUGUGGGCAAAAACAAAUUUAAAUUUGGCUGGAACAUCCCCCCGAGCCAUUGUCAAGUAAAGUUUUUGACCUGGGAUUUGCCCGAAGUCAGCCUUGACAUAGUUUCAUCGUCCAUCAGAAGACACCCGUCGAACUUGGUCAUAUAACAGUUCGGCAGAAAAGUUCGUAUCGUUUAAUAGAAACACACAUUUUUUUGCCAAAAUUCGUUUUUAUUAUUCAACAUAAUUGCCAUCAGAGGCGAUACCGCAAUUAUAGCGAUCUUCCAACUUUUCGAUACCAUUUUUGUAGUACGAUUUGUCCUUUGCCUCAAAAUAGGCCUCAGUUUCAGCGAUUACCUCUUCAUUGCUUCUAAAUUUUUUACCAGCGAGCAUUCUCUUGAGGUCUGAGAACAGGAAAAAGUCACUGGGGGCCAAAUCUGUAGAAUACGGUGGAUGAGGGAGCAAUUCGAAGCCCAAUUCGUUCAAUUUCAGCAUGGUUUUCAUCGACUUGUGACACGGUGCAUUGUCUUGAUGAAACAAAACUUUUUUCUUCUUCAAAUGAGGCCGUUUUUUUUUUAAAUUUCGUCCUUCAAACGGUCUAAUAACGCUAUAUAAUAGUCACUGGUGAUGGUUUUUCCCUUUUCAAGGUAGUCGAUGAAAAUUAUACCAUGCGAAUCCCAAAAUACAGACGCCAUAACCUUACCGGCCGAUUGUUGAGUCUUUCCACGCUUUGGGUUCGGUUCAUCGCGUGCAGUCCACUCAGCUGACUGUCGAUUGGACUCCGGAGUGAAGUGAUGGAGCCAUGUUUCGUCCAUUGUUAUAUAUCGACGAAAAAAAUCGGUUUUAUUUCGAUAUAACAGCUCCAAACACUGCUCAGAAUCAUCAAUUCGUUGUUGUUUUUGAUCGAUUGUGAGCUCACGCGGCACCCAUUUUGCACAAAGCUUUCUCAUAUCCAAAUAUUCGUGAAUAAUAUGUCCAACACGUUCCUUUGAUAUCUUUAGGGUGUCAGCUAUCUCGAUCAACUUCACUUUACGGUCAUUGAAAAUCAUUUUGUGGAUUUUUUUCACGUUUUCAUCGGUAACAGCCUCUUUUGGACGUCCACUGCGUUCAUCGUCUUCGGUGCUCAUAUGACCAGUACGAAAUUUUGCAAACCACUUACGAAUUGUUGCUUCGCCCGGUGCAGAGUCUGGAUAACACUCAUCAAGCCAUUUUUUGGUAUCGGCGGCACUUUUUUUCAUCAAAAAGUGUUUCAUCAACACACGAAAUUCUUUUUUUUCCAUUUUUUUCACAAUAACAAAAGUAGCUUCACUCAAAAUGCAAUAUCUCACAAACUAAUAAUCAGACAGCUGUCAAAUUUAUACACGUAUCUUUUGAAGGUUGGUACUAACUGAAAAGGGUAUGGAUUUAAUUCUAGUGGCGCCCUCUUAUAGAAACGAUACGAGCUUUUCAGCCGAUCUGUUAGUUUUCGAGCACGAAUUUUGACCACACUAUUCUGUUUUAUAGUCCGAUUUGGCUGUUUGCUAGCUCGAUACGACUUGAUUCCUUCCCGGAGUCGAGUUCUCCUCACGGUACUAUGGGCAGCACCGACUUUUCUGGCCAAAUCACGGUCCGACAGAUUAGGAUUCCUCUUAAUCGUCUUCAAUAUCUUACCACGCAGUUUCCGGUCGACAGUUCCACUCCGACGAUUGGCUUGAGGCUUCCGAAUCGUCGUCAAUCUUUCCUUAUACCGUUUGAUAACGCGCCAUACGGUAUUGCUAGGCAAUUUCAGCUUUUUAGCUAGCCUAGAUGCAGACCACAAUGGAUUUUCCAAAUAACUGUGCACCAUUUUUUCCCUUCUUUCGGCUUCCAUGUUGAUUGUUUACAAAGUACAGUCGAUUUGCGGAAUGUCAAAAAUCAUACGUGAAGCUGACAAAGUUCCCGACACGUGGGCGCCAAGAACUUUCAAAUCCGUAGCAAAAGUUUGUUCCAAUUCUAAAUGAGCUUUAUGGGUUUCUUUCAAGAAGUAAACACAUAAAAAAAUCGAACUGUGUACUAAAUCACAGUGAAAUCAUCACUUGUGCUUUCUAAUGUGUUCCAACUGUGCAAAUAGACAUCUUUCUAACAAGUUUGUCAACACCUUUAGUGAUUAAAAUUAUUUUUUACGGCUAAAACUGAACGAAACUUUUUUCAAAUUGCUUAUAAAAUGCGACUCGAAAUGCUCUACAAAACAAACAGUCAUGCGUUCCUCAUUGUCCCAAGGAAAAACACUCUGUCUUCAAAAUAAAUUAGCACCAAGAACUCGAACGAUUCUAGUAACUUCCUUCAAUUAGCAACAGUUUGCUAAACUUGUUAGCUAGUAAAGACGUUGGUUAGAUGUUGGUCAUUUGCAUCAUUAAACUUUGACCAGCAUCCAAUCUGUUUAGAUUCCGGUGCAUUUGCUGCUUCGGUGCUGAAAACAUUCCGAACUAUUCAGAGGCACAAGAGCUUCAUCGUAAACAAUCAGGCAUGAUACGUAUCCUGUUACGGUAAGCCCAUUGCAUGUUUCGUGAUAGAAACGAAUAUGCACAUCUCAUCAUAGUUUGCCCUCGACUUUGUUUAUAUUUGUGGUAUGUUCGUCAAAAACGAAAAAAAAAACACUCAAAUAGUGAAGAAGGAUUUAAUGCUCAGUCCUAGCCCUCGAACAAGAAACACCAUCAUCAACUUUUGCAAAGUGAGAUGAAUAUAUUUCCACUGGUAAAUCUAAAUUGAACACUAAGCGGCGCAGUGUGUACUAUCACUAGAACUAUCCUUCCCGGAUCCGCACGAAAUGUCAUACUGAAAUCUAGGACAGUCCAAAUAGGGAAGGGGAGCAGGUUGAAGAACAUAAUCGCAUAUUCAAAAACGUGCUGACAAGUAGAGAGAUUGUUAUACUUAUACAUAGACAGAUAUACACAUUACGGAUAGUUUUGUCGGUUCAAACGAGGAAAUACAUAUUGCAUAGGGAACUAUUGAAAUAUGUGAGAUAGGUAGAAGGACGAAAAAUACGUACAGUGGCGUUCGUGAGUCUCCGACCUUGGAAAACAUCAAAUGAAACAUACGCAUUUUUUUCGAGCACAGUUCACGGAAUGAGAAACACAAUGGUAUUCAAAUUAUAUGCAAAGAGCGAGCUGGAGACAGAUUUUAAUUAUUCGAGUUCACUAACUCACGACCCGCACUGUACGAUGCACUUUAUUCGGUGAACGCUAGAUGAAGCAAUCUCGUUUGCGUAUGGAAAUGCAGUGGUUUGGUUCUACCGAAUGGAACGAGAUAAGUAUUUUGGAUUAAAAUAUACCCACGUACUGGAACGAUUCGGUACAACAGGAAAUGGUUGCCCGACGAAAUGAGGUAUUAGCGAUUUGGCGGAAAUUGAAAUUGCAGGUAGUGUAGCGUGAUCAACGCGCUGUUAGGAUAGCAUUAGUUAUAUUCCUUGGUAAACUGAGUAUUAGAAAAAAAUGCUUGCCAAAUAAAUUUUCUUUAGAAAUACGAGAA